AGCGGCGAGGUCGAGCUUCUGGGUGAGCUAGCCGUGUGUUCAUUUUCCCCACCGUCCCCAACCACGAGUGAGAGCGGAGAGUUGAAGGCCGGUCGCCGUGUUGUGCCGGCCGAAUGGUGAGCAUUGCGCACCGGGGCGCACGCUGGACAGCUGCCCGCCCACACGGCGGCGGCGCACGUCCAGACGCGGCCACGGCAUGGCCAGCGGGUCGCCUCGGCCCGCACGGGCGCCGGUGGCCGGAGCGCCGCGGCGGAGACGGCAGCCGCGCCGCGCGCACGACGAGCCCGAGAGGAAGCGUAACGCUGCCCGGCUUGCGCGCGCGCGCGCUAGAAGGCCAUGCGAGCCCGCCCAGUUCGUGGCCUCUCUGCCUGCUGCGGUCUUGCGCCAAGCGCGCCCGAGCUCGCUCGCUCUUGUUCGUGGGGCGUCCGCAGGUAAACGAAAAGGCCGUACAGCCCGGAUCCACUCCACGGGCUGAAUGGCGCGGCUCUCUCUCUCUCUUAGGAAGUUCUGGGCCGACGACGACGGCUGGGAGCUGGCCCAGAGCCCCCCUCGAUAGAAAAAUCCCCAUCCCUCCUCGUGCUCUCCCGUGCAACCGCAACAGACAAGGCACGCCGCGUAAGCUUUCCCCGCUGCAAAAGCUCACGGCGCCGCAUAAACAACUGAGCUCGCAGGCAAAAAAGAAAGCGCGUGCGUACCCCGGGCGUCGACAGCGAGGCCGCCGACCUCCCCGGGGGGAAAUAUCCCGGUCGACCACGGCCACUGUAGGCGCAUCGCGUCACGAGGGCGCGCCACGCGGCCAGCCAACUUGGCGCGCUUUCCGCGCGGAGGCGGCGGUCAAUGGCCGCCCGGUCCCGCCCGGCUGGCGCAAAGCGACGCCGGCAGCCUGCAAUAAGAUAAGCGGCUACUUGUUCGAGCCUUCCAGAACCAUCGCCCCGCUCCGGGCCUUCCAGAACUCUCCCCGGCCACGUCACACAGGAUAAGCCAGCCCCGGGGAUGGUUCCAAUCCUUCCAGAACCGUCUCGAUCUUUCGGAAUUGGAAGCCCCGGCGGGUUGGUACGUGGGCUGUAUAAAUGGGCGGUGACCGUGCGCCUCUUCUGACGAGCUCGCUCAAGCGCCUCAAGUACGAAGCGUGAAGGGAUAGUACUGUACUUUCCUCUCCCUUCUUCUCCGUCCCCGGUCUGGUCUGCUGCUUCCGGGCGUCAAUGGGGAGCUCUGCCAUUUUAGGAGGAGCGGAGAUCCCCUGAAUUGGUCAACCACAGCAUUGUUAGUUCGGACGAUUGCUCAAACUUUGACUACUGCAGAUUCUUUUCCCCUUCAUUUUGCAACCACCUUCGGGUAGCCCCUGAUUGAUUGCUAAUCUUGCGGUUCUGAAUUUUGUUUUUGGUAUUUUGAUUCAGAAACUUUCGGGUUUGGUUCUUUGGAGUCUGGAGGAGGGCGACAUUUUCUCUAGCGAAGAUCGCCUUCUGUUAAUUUGGCCGGUUCUUGAUUCUUUCUGGACCUCGUUUUCCUUGGUCCGAUCGAUCACCGGUGCUCAGUAAUCCCCUCUGUCCAAUUUUUCUCUAGAGUUUGUUUGGUCGUUUGAUCAUGGACCCCUUUCACGGCAUUGUGAAAGAGGAGGAAUUUGACUUCGCCGGAGGUGCUGCUGAUGGAUACUCGCCGUCUUCGUGGGGCUCAUCCCCGUCUUCCUGGGGCUCUUCCCCAUCUUCGUGGGCCGGCGACGGCGCCUUGGCGGAGCUGCCGCGGCCGAUGGACGGCCUCGGCGAGGCCUGCCCUACCCCGUUCCUGAACAAGACGUACGAGGUGGUGGACGACCACAGCACGGACACCAUCGUGUCAUGGGGCGUCGCCGGGAACACCUUCGUGGUGUGGGACGCCCACGCCUUCUCCAUGGUGCUCCUCCCCCGCUACUUCAAGCACAGCAACUUCUCCAGCUUCGUCCGCCAGCUCAACACCUAUGGGUUCAGGAAGGUUGAUCCGGACAGGUGGGAGUUCGCGGCGGAGGGGUUCCUGCGGGGGCAGAAGGAGCUGCUGAAGACGAUCAGGCGGCGCCGGCCUCAGUCGUCGCCGGCGGGCACGCCGGCGCUGCUGCAGCAGGGGCAACAGCAGGGUGCGUGCCUGGAGGUGGGGCAUUUCGGGCCCGAGGGCAAGGUGCAGCGGCUGCAGCGCGACAAGGGCACCCUGAUCGCGGAGGUGGUGAAGCUGCGGCAGGAGCAGCAGGCGACGCGCGCGCAGAUGCAGGAGAUGGAGGCGCGCCUGGCCGCCACGGAGCAGAAGCAGCAGCAGAUGACGGUGUUCCUGGCGCGCGCCAUGAAGAGCCCCAGCUUCCUGCAGAUGCUGGUGGAGCGGCAGGACCAGAGCCGGCGGAAGGAGCUCGCGGAGGCGCUCCUCUCCAAGAAGCGCGGCCGCCCCAUCGAGUACCUCCUCCCCCGCAACGGCGAGAGCAGCUACGGCGCCCCGGCGCGAGGCUACGGCCCCGGGCUCGCCGACGGCGGCGAGGGCAGGCGCGCGGACGGCGAGGACACGGAGAGCUUCUGGAAGGAGCUGCUGAGCCUGGGCCUGGAGGAGAGGCAUCGGGAGGCAGGCGGGGGCGGGGGAGGGGAGGCGAGCGGCGCCGAGGUGGACGACGACGUGGACGAUGAGGUGGACGAGCUGGUGCAGAGCCUCUACCACCUCAGCCCCAACCGGCCCCGCAGCUACCAGUGAAGGAACAACGGAAGGUUCUAGAGCGAGAAAUAUCUGCUGCCGCUCGGAGAACAACGCGGGGCCGCAGCCUGACAGCCCCAGCCAGCAGUGAGCGAAAGAAGAUGAAGGUUCUAGAACAAGAAGUUUCCGCUGGAGAACGUCGAACGCCGUGGGGUAGACCGUAGGCGUAGUGGUAGCGGUAGCGGUGGUGCUCCAUGCCCCCAUGGGCGUGGGCGUUGGGGGUUGGUCUGCUUUGCUCAUUUUCUAUUGCUAGUUGUAGUAGUACCUGACAUGUUGUCGGGGCCCCGCGGCCUGCAUGCGCAAGUUGCCCGAAACAGAAAGGGGCCAGCGCCUUUUGGCCUGGCGUGCUGGAAUAAUGCUCCGAGGCUUUGCCGGAUUAAGUACUCCAAGUUGGA